AGGAAGUGCGCUGCCAGAGGAGCGCAGGUUGUGGAGCAGGAGGGGCAGUCGCGUCUGUGAGGAGACCCUCUUGAGUCAUUCCCAGGGGGAGUCCAGGAUCUAAAGCCAGGAAGCAGGAAUGCCUUACAUACUGAUCAGUACGCAGAUCCGACUGGAAAGUGGCCCAACAAAUGUAGGAGAUGAAUUUUCGGAUCCAGCUGUCAUGAAUUACCUGGGAGCGAGAAAAACAACCAUGCUGGGGAACAACUUUUCUGAGUACCAUGUGGACGACCCGCCUCGUUUGGUGCUGGACAAGCUGGAGAAGAUUGGCUUCCGUGUGCUGUCAAUGACAGGGGUGGGACAGACGCUGGUGUGGUGUCUCCACAAGGAGACGGAGUGACUGAUCGUGAAGCAACAGCAUCAAAACACCUUUUGUCUUUAAAAACAAAAUGAAUUUUGCACAAAGCUUUUAAUAUCUGUAACUUGUUAUGGCAUGGACCUUAAAGAAAAGUUUAGGGUUCAGAUUUCAGACUGAAAAUGUCAGGUUGCCAAGUUCAGAGAAUAUUAAGACGCAUCCUCUGCUGGGGAGUUGUUUAUGACUCAAUACGGCUUCAUUCUGAUAUAAAUAAAACUAUUUGUACCUAUAGAUCUUUUUUUAAAUAAUUUUUUUUUCAUCAUUUUAAACAUUGAUGAUUAAUUUAUGACAAAUCAUUUGUUUAGCUUUGUCCCACAGAAUAAAAUGUACUAAAAUUGGAAAAGUAUUUCAGCCAUCUAUGUUGUAAACUGGU